AUGCACCAAAGGAGGGGGAUUGUUGAUGCAAUGUUGGUGAAGAUGCAAGAUGGAAACUUACCAAGAGGAUACAAGAUGCAACUUUCAAUUCAAUUUAGUGUCCAUGAAUCAACAAUCACAAGAAUUUUCACAAACAUAAAAAAACAGAUGGCACAAGGGUCGAAAUUCUCCAUUGAAGGGGCUUCGUACUUUCACUCUUUCAGAGGCUCUGAGUCACGCCUCACGCUGAGCUUCGCUCCUUCAUUGAAGCAGCCUACUGCCUACAGCCAGGGAAUUAGGGUGGUUUACUGGCUUACUUCCUGUCUCACUGUCUGCCUUACUGGUUUCGGUGGUGGUGCAGGGAAGGGGUCAAGGGGAGGGGGUGGCUGUGAAAUUGGGCAAAAUUGUUGGAUUAAUAGAAAUGUUAUGCUUAUACAUCUUUAUCGUGGUGUAAAAAUGAAAAGAAAAACAACUCGAGACAUUUCAAGUUUUUUUACUAAAAAAGUGCCUAAUCUAAAUCCUCCUCCUCCACAAAAUGAUUUACCUUCUCAAGAACGUGAACCAAAUCCUCCACUACAAGAAAAUGAACAAAAUUCCCAAGAAAGUGAACCAAAUACUCCUUCACAUCAUGCAAGUGAACAAAAUUCUUCCCCCUCUCACAAUUUCCCUCAAAAUGAAGAUGGACAAUAUCCUUACCAAGGUGGUUCGGAUCCUAGUGCUCAAAUUGGUGAAGGAAGAUUAAGUGCACUUGAUAUUAUUAAUCUUCCACAAGACCCCGGAAAAAGAAGAAGGAUGUGUGAUUUUCAUCCCGAUGAUAGGGAUUUAGUGCGGAGAACAUACAUUCAAAGAAAGCCAUGUCAACCUAAAGAUCAUGCGUUUCCUCAAACAAAUUUUGGGCCGAAAAAACGUCGAUUUUGUGUUAAAUGGUUUGAUACUUGGCCAACAUGGUUUGAGUAUAGCGUUGAGAAAGAUGCUGCCUUUUGUUUCAUUUGCUAUCUAUUUAAGGAUAGUAACACAGCAGGAGUCGAUGCUUUUGUUAAUGGAGGUUUCAGAUAUUGGAAUAGAACAAACACAAUUGUAAAGCAUGUUGGUGGACACAAGAGUGCUCACAAUAAUGAUGUGAUUGCUAUGAAUUUAUUCGUGAAUCAAAUGAGUAGCAUUGCCACCGCAUUAUCAAAACAAACGGCGGAAACCAUGAGUGCCUAUCGUAAGAGAUUGGAAGCUUCAAUUGAAACCAUCAGAUGGCUAUUGUUCCAAGGGUUGCCUUUUCGUGGUCAUGAUGAAAAGGAAAGUUCAUUGUCUAGAGGUAACUUUCUUUCAUUAUUAACUCUUCUUUCAAACCAUGAUCUUGAGUAUUCCAAAGUUGUUUUUAAAAUGGCCCCCGGUAAUUGUCAACUUACUUCUCCAAGUAUCCAAAAAGAUAUAAUCAAUGCUUGUGCAAAAGAAACAACUAAAGCAAUAUUGGAAGAACUUGAUGGUGGAUUUUUUGCUAUUCUUGCUGAUGAAUCUGCCGAUGUUUCCGAUAAGGAACAAAUGACACUUUGCUUGAGAUUUGUUAAUAAAAAGGGGGAAGUGUGUGAGCGUUUUCUUGGUAUUGUGCAUGUUCCUAAUACUAGUUCUUUGACUCUAAAAGCUGCUAUUGAGUCAUUAUUCAUGGAACACUCUUUAACUUUCUCUCAAGUUCGAGGUCAGGGUUAUGAUGGGGCAAGUAAUAUGCAAGGUUCAAUCAAUGGCCUUAAAACUCUAAUUUUGAAUGAAUGUUCUCAAGCAUACUUUGUUCAUUUCUUUGCUCACCAACUUCAAUUGACACAAGUUGCUCUUGCUAAGAAAAACUCAGAUUGUGGUUGGCUUUUUAUUGAUGUACUUGCACCUCUCUUGAACUUUGUGGGAGAUUCACCUAAGAGGAGACAAUUUCUUCGAGAAAAACAACGUCAAGGGGUUGUAGAAGCAUUGUCCUUGGGUGAAAUUGAAUUGGGAACUGGUUUAAAUCAAGAACGUGGCUUAUGUAGACCUUGUGAUACUCGUUGGGGAUCUCAUUUUAAAACCAUUUUGAAUGUGCUUGAUUUAUAUCCUUCAAUACUUUUGUCACUUGAUUCCAUUGCAGAAGUAUCUGAUACACUUGAUUCGAAUAAAGCACAAUCUAUUACACACUUGUUGAUGUCAUUUGAUUUUGUGUUUGUGGCACACUUGAUGGUUGAUAUAUUUGGAAUUACAAAUGCGUUGAAUGUGGCAUUGCAAAAACAUGAUCAAGAUAUUGUCAAUGCAAUGGUCAUGGUUGAUGUAACCAAGACUAAUUUGCAAAAGUUAAGAGAUGAAGGAUGGGAUUCACAUAUGGAAAAAGUCACUUCUUUUAUGGCUAAAUAUGACAUUGAGGUUCCAAACAUGGAGGGGCAGUAUAUUGUUCCUGGGAGAAGAAUGUAUAGAGGUAAAGGUCCACAAGUGACUAAUCUUCAUCAUUUUAGAGUUGAAGUCUUCCUAAGUGUCAUUGAUCUUCAAUUACAAGAACUUGAAAAUCGAUUUCCCGAGGUAAGUAAGGAAUUACUUGUGUGUAUGUCUUGCUUUAAUCAUGCAAAUCGGUUUCAUUCUUUUGACAAAAGAAAGUUAGUUCAACUUGCCAAAUUUUAUCCCGAUGAAUUUUCAAGCUCUGAGUUAUUAUUUUUUGAACAUUCACUUGAAAAUUUCAUUGUUGAUGUUCGAAAUGAUGAGAGAUUUUGGAAUUUGAAAAGUCUAAGUGAACUUUCUACGAAACUUGUUGAGACGGGAAAGUUUGAAACUCAUGAUCGAGUCUACUUACUUUUGAAGUUAGUGUUGAUUCUUCCCGUUGCAACGACAAGUGUAGAAAGAGUAUUUUCUGGAAUGACGCAAGUAAAAGAUAAAUUGCGUAAUAGCAUGGGAGAUCAAAUAUUGAAUGAUUGUUUGAUUACUUAUCUAGAAAGAGAUUUGUUUUACAAUGUUAGCAUGGAUGAUAUUGUACAUCGUUAUCAAAAUAUGAAAACUCGUCGAGAGCAAUUGUAA